AUUUAUCACAUGCAACAUUUCACGUGAUUUCGUAACUUUAGAAACAGGUUUAUUAGGCUGUCAUUUAUAAAAACAAUAGGACUAUAAAUAAUAAUUUAUAUCAAGACAACAAUGAACUAUAGUUCUCGGGAUUUGCUUAAAAGGAGCGAUCAGAAAAAAAUAUUCAACUUGUGCAAGCUGUCCUCAACAAAUAAAGGAUGAAUAUCCUACUAAGCAGCUUAGUUGUGCUAACUUUAGCUGUUGGCUGCUUUUCAGCAAGAAUACCCAAUAUAAGAGAGUAUUUCAAUAAUGGAGAGGAACUUGGCCGAAACUUUAAUCAUGGCAUAGUUGACCCUUGCGGUUGCGAAGCACCUAAACCUCCUUUACCUCCCGAUGAAACUCCACCAGCAGAAGUACCCGCGCCUGAACCACCGAAAGUUGUGCUUCCACCUGGACUGGUGAUUAUACCUGGUUUCGCAGAAAGUAGGAAUGAGAAUAAAAAUAGGGAUAAAAAUAAUAACGAGAACAUAAACAAAAACGAUAAUCACAACGACAACGGAAAUAUACUACCAGGUAAUUUUUUCAAAAGUUCAAGUCGUAGUAGGGUCAUAUCGAAGACUACAACAAAUGAUAACAAGAAUAUGAAUCGCAACAUGAAUUUAAAUGAAGUACUACUUGUAUAAAAAAUGUAAGCUACAGUACUUACACGAUGGGUUAUAUAAUAAAGCUCAUUUUUAUAUUUUGGAAGUUUUUUUUGCUAGCUAUGGAAGUUUGCUUGCGCGAACGGAAGCAAUGGUUACUUUUCUAUAAUAUUUCUCAAUUGUCAUCAUUUUUCAGGACCUUGCGUCAAUUGCAUUGGAAAUGCUGGAUAACCGACUUUAACAUGUCCACGGCCUUGACAUAAGAAGAUUUCAUAUCUUCUGUUACAACUUAAAAACACUAUGUGAAACAUAUUAUGUAGAAACAAAUAAAUAUAUCUCACAUUGAAGCGCAUUUCUUAUUUUUGUAAGUUUCAAUUAUAAAGUUUGAGUUUUAAAAUACCAAUUCUUUGCGUCGGCUGAAAUGCCUUUCCUGU